AUGUCUUAUUUUAGUCUGAUUUGUUAUUCAACUUUGCAAGAUAAUGCAGAUCGAACUUCAUCCUUUGUUGUUCUCAUCGAUAUCUUACGUCCAUUAGAUCCUUCAAGGUGGCCCUCACCUGCAUCAAAUGAGACAUUUGCUGUCAUAAAUCAGAAGUUCUCUGAUCUGGUUGUUAAAUGUUUGAUAAAACUUACAAAGGUUCUUCAAAGCACUAUUUAUGAAGUCGAGCAUGAUCGCAUCCUUCAAAGCAUCCAUUUGUAUCUGGAAGACUUGGGGAUGGAAGAAAUUAGAAGACGUGCUGGUGCUGAUGACAAGCCAUUGCGCAUGGUGAAAACUGUUCUACAUGAACUAGUGAAGCUUCGAGGAGCUGCUAUUAAAGGUCAACUUUCAAUGGUUCUUAUUGACAUGAAGCCUCAACCAAUAAUUCUUGCUUACAUUGAUCUUAAUCUAGAUAAAGCUAUAAAAACUGUCCAACCUGCUACUAGAAGAGAAGGGUUUUCUGCCAUUCCUAAUGUAAAAUUGGAAGAUGUAGGUGGACUAGAUCUUAUAAGGAAGGAACUUGAUCGAUUCAUAAUUAGGCAUUUCAAAUACCACGAGAAAUUUGAGAGGUUUGGAAUGAAUUUAGAUACAGGAAUUUUGCUGUUGGUUUAUCUAAUCUGA